UUCUGUGGACCUACAGGAGUGUGGGUCGAACUUCCUGAAAUCCUAGCUCAACAGUGUGUGAUGGUAGAAAGAAAAAUAGAACAACAAACACUGGAUAAAGUCUAUUGGCUGGAACUCGACGGGACAUCCUCAGAAAUUCACAAGCUAUAUGACCACUGGAAAAUAUGGUUUACAAACAUGCGUCCAGACUGUGAAGAAACCAGAAAACCAUGGCAUUGCACAAUAAGGUCCGUGAAGCCACACACGGGGCACAGGUUGAUGAGCCACUACAGCAGGUGCAACCAGGUGACUACGUGUAUAUCAAAGUGUUCAAAAGGAAACACUGGAGUGAGCCACGCCGUGAAGGCCCAUUCAAGGUGGUACUAGCAACUCCUACCGCAGUCAAGGUUGAAGGUAAGGAAUACUGGUAUCAUCUUAACCAUUGUUGCAGAGCUGCGGUGAAAGGACCAGAGUGGAGGAAAUCUCAGGCUGAGUUGGCACGCUGCGCCCACUCUGACGACUCAGAAGAUGACGACGACGGCGCAGGCCCAGCACAGGACAGAGGACCAGCAUACAGGACACGUGCCAAAACCACACAACCACGGCCAGUUGAAGGAGAACCGAGGCCAGGUUGUUCGUAUCAGGUUGAUUCACGACCACCACAUGACACACUAGACUCUGACAAACUAGAAGAGACUGUGCAGAGACUACUAGGCAACGAAGAAAACACUGUCACUCCACCUGAACGGUUUGACACUCUUAAUCUACAAGAUCUAGUAGACUUAGAUAUCGAUCUACCUGUGGAACCAUGAUGAAAAAUUCCCUAAAGUCCAAACGGACUCUCACAAACAGACACUGGGCAGUACUCCUUAUGGCUUUAGCAGUAUGGUUCAUUUGCCCUUACAUUUUCAUUAACCGUAAUUUACAUCGUCCAGCAGAUAUAUCAGUCCCUUUGUCCAACAUUUCCCUAAAUAACUAUUCCCAACCCGCACAAUGUCCACAAAUAGAUACAAAAGGUCUAAACCACUAGGGUCUCUAGGUCACCUUGCUAAAACUAGUCUCACUUCAGAACAGGCUGCAAAGGUUUCGGUACAUAUGGCCAGAAACGUACUUGCAGAACAGUUCCGGUGUGCAUUGGGCGUUUUUAAAUAACACCAAGGUCCUACCAUCCUUUCCAGUAACUGCACAACAUAUGUUUAUAACAUAUACUAUAUCCCUUUUUCAUCCCUGCAACUCUACAGAGAUAAAAAACACUCCUGAAUACGAGAUGAGACUUGAGGCUCGAAUGACUGACACGGAUAAAGAAACAGACAUUAUAGUGGUCACUGGAGUACCCCACAGAGUUAUACCUCGCAUAUUAGGCACCCGCAGUUGUAUUGAUAUUACGCUUUUAUGGUAUUUCGGUUUUCCCCAAGUAGGGAUCCCGCAUGGCACGUUUGAAAGAACCUCAGUAGAAUCUCUAGCGUAUGGGGAUGUUUUGUAUAAAAUUCUAGUAUAUGUCCCUAACUGGCAGGAAGGGAUGAACUUACCUAGAAUACAAUUUAGUUUCAGAUACAAGAACCCCAA